CAAUCAAACACAGUCUCGUCUAUGACAAGUGAAGAAAGGAUCGAGGUUCUUUUCAUUCAGCAUCACAGUUUGAACACGAUGGCAUCUGCACAGUUUGUCUUCUAUCUGACUUGUCUGUUCUUGGGGGAAAUGGCUCAGAUGAAUCACCUGAAUGUAUCAUCACGGGUUCAUCAAGACAGAGGUUUUCUGUCUGCCAACACUGGAGACAGCGUGACUUUGCAAUGUUUCUAUCGAGACGACAUUAUUGCAAGGUUUUACUGGUAUAAACAAAUCCCGGGACAGAAACUGAGGCUCAUCUCCAUGUUCUACAAAUAUGAAACAGAAAACAUCUUUUAUGAUGAAUUCAAGAAUAACCCACGCUUCUCACUGGAUACUGAAAAAGGCAAAAAUCACCUGAAGAUAACAAAUGUGCAUACUUCAGACUCUGCUACUUAUUACUGUGCAGGCAGCUAUUCAUUCACAUUUGAGUUUGCAGAGGGCACCACCCUCAGUGUAAAAGGUUCAGGUUUGAACUUCCAAGCUUUAGUCCAACAGUCGGCAUCUCAGACCAUCCAACCAGGAGACUCACUGACUCUCAACUGUACAGUACAUACUGGGACCUGCGAUGGAGAACACAGUGUUUACUGGUUCAAAACUCAAGAAGAAUCCCAUCCAAGAAUCAUUUACACCCGUGGAGGCAAGAAUGAUGAGUGUGGGAAGAAACUCAACACACAAACCUGUGUCUACAACCUGCCAGUAAAGAAUCUGUCUCAUGCUGGAACCUACUACUGUGCUGUUGCCUCAUGUGGACACAUAGUGUUUGGAAACGGGACCAAGCUGGAUUUCAAAUAUGAAGUGGACUCUCUAGUGUCUGUCCACAUCUUGUGGGGAGCUCUGGCAAUCACCACUUUCAUGAGUGUUUUCCAGGCUUUCCUAAUGUGUGUGAUCCUCAAAAGAAACAGAUUCAAAAGCAAAGAGCUGCAUUCAAGACCUCCUUCAGCAACAAAUGCAGAGGGCAACCAAGAUGAAGAAAACAUUCAUUACGCAGCUCUGAAGCACGACAAGGUGAACAGAUCAAGACGUCAGAGGAACAGAGACGCUGAAUGUGUGUAUUCGGGUAUAAAGCAGUAGAGCUGGACAUGUUUCCUGUUUCUUUGUUACUGUUGGACUGCAGCAUUCAAGCAGCAUGGUAUGAUCUUGUGUUCACUGUGUUCAAUUUUAUGCCCAAAUUAACAGUUUUGGAUAAUUUAACAUGAAAUUUUUCUAUCCGUGGUCUAGAAUCAGAAUUUUGCAAUGUUUGUAUCACAAUCUGAUGCCAGUUGUUGGCUUGCCUUGCUUUAAUGUAUGGUUUAUAAAGGAACAGAUAAUCAUUUUGUGUUGGAUGAAUUUUUAUGCAGUAGCAAAAAAUGUGGAUGAAUAAUUAACAAACUCUUGCGAUUGGGAGUUCUAAUAGAUUUACUAGUUUUUAUUCACAAAACCACAAGAUGCAACAUCAAAGUGUCACCUCCUGUAAGCACUAAGAAGUCAAGAGGUGUUGAUGACAAUAUGGAACACUUUUUUCUAAGAAACUGGAGGAGUUCAGUGAUACCAAUAAUCAAGUGCAAGGGCCAUUUUGAGGAAAUGACUGUAUGGACACCGGGCUAUAAGUGCAAGAAAAACUUCCAACUUGAAUAUUGGGAGCACAUUCUUCAGUCAGAUGAGACCAAUAUAUAUUUGUUUAGCUGAGAUGGAGUCCAGCAUAUUUGGCUUGAACCUGGUCCUGGAUACAACAGUGAAUGUAUCGUCCUGAUGGUGAUGCAUAGAUUGUGAUGUCAUGGGGCUACAGAAGUACAAGAGGUGUUGGGGUGAUGACAUUAUUACAUGCUGCUCUACUGUGGAUAAACCAAGAUACUGCCUGACAAGAUGACCCCCAAGUGGCAGAAAUUUGGCAGAGGAAUAUUCCAGCAUUAUAACGACCAGAAGCACACAAAGCAAAGAUGUGGUUUAAACAAAAGAAUGGUAGGACGUCUGUCAAGAAUUCUGUGCAACAAUAGAAGAUUUGUCAUCAAAAAUCGAUGUAAGCAUGUAUGAAUAUAGAAACAUGUACAAGAAC